AUGGCUGCCUCAACGGCAAAGUAUGCUCUGGCUGCUGGCACAGCUGAAGUUCCAGCUAUGGACCGGCUCGUUCACCUAGGAACAGUGUCUAUUGACCAGCGAGGGUCUGGCUUCAAAGGCAACAAGUACACAGUGCACAGCGACGGUGAGCUCUUAUUCAACCUGAAGGAAGAUGGCCAUGCGUUCACUUUCCUCAACCAUGGGAAGACGAGAGGGUUCCACAUGGAUGGCGUCGAUAAUAAUGGCAAACAUAUCUUCGUUCUCCGUCGGCCAGGGGUGCUUAUGUCGGAUAAGGUGGAGCUGCACAUGGGAGGGAAGGUGGUCAGCAUCGUGCGCAAGGAACCCACUCUCAUGACUCCAGUCUUCAACAUCAACAACGCACAUGACGUCCCAACACUACGGCUCAAGGGAGAAAUCACUGAUUACGACUUUCAGUUGCAGACGAUGAACAAGACGAACAUCGGGAGCAUCAACAAGAAGUUCCGCGGCAUGCUGGAGGAGAUGUUCAGCUACAAUGACAACUACGUCAUCAAGUUUCCUACAGACCUGGAUGUGCGGUUCAAACUCGCUGUUAUAGCAGCUUGCGUCUUAAUUGAUUACCGGUACCACGAGCGUUAG